GUGGAGCGGGCUGGGAACCCACGUGGGUCCUGCGUGUGCUACUAGGCCCUUGGAACCCGGUCCUUUAAACUCACCCCCGGCUUAGUAGACAUGGGUCGUUCGGGGAAGUUGCCCUCCGGGGUCUCGGCCAAGUUGAAACGCUGGAAGAAAGGCCACAGCAGCGACAGCAACCCGGCCAUCUCCCGCCACCGCCAGGCCGCCCGCAGCCGCUUCUUCAGCCGGCCCUCAGGAAAGAGCGACUUGACAGUUGAUGCGGUAAAGUUGCAUAAUGAGCUGCAGUCAGGAUCCCUGCGUCUGGGUAAAAGCGAAGCCCCUGAGACUGCCAUGGAAGAGGAAGAGGUGGCGCCAGCUCUCACCGAGAAGUCUUCGGGCACCUUCCUGAGCGGCCUCUCCGACUGCACAAACGUCACCUUCAGCAAAGUGCAGCGCUUCUGGGAGUCCAGCUCGGCUGCCCACAAAGAGAUCUGUGCUGUCUUGGCUGCUGUCACCGAGGUGAUACGCUCCCAGGGUGGGAAGGAGACAGAGACUGAGUACUUUGCUGCCCUGAUGACAACAAUGGAAGCGGUGGAGUCCACGGAGUCUCUGGCCGCUGUUGCUUACCUGCUGAACCUCGUCCUGAAGCGCGUGCCCAGCCCUGUGCUCAUUAAGAAGUUCUCUGAUACCUCCAAAGCCUUCAUGGAUAUCAUGUCAGCCCAGGCCAGCAGUGGCUCCACCUCUGCCCUCCGAUGGGUCCUCUCCUGCCUGGCCACCCUUCUGCGGAAGCAGGACCUGGAGGCCUGGAGCUACCCUGUGACCCUGCAGGUGUACCAUGGGCUGCUGAGCUUCACUGUGCACCCCAAGCCCAAGAUCCGGAAGGCUGCCCAGCAUGGAGUGUGCUCCGUCCUCAAGGGCAGUGAAUUCAUGUUUGGUGAAAAGGCCCCUGCCCAUCACCCUGCUGCCAUGUCCACUGCCAAGUUCUGCAUCCAGGAGAUCGAGAAGUCUGGAGGCUCCAAGGAGGCCACCACCACGCUGCACAUGCUGACCCUGCUGAGGGACCUGCUGCCCUGCUUCCCGGACGGCCUGGUGAAGAGCUGCAGUGAGACUCUCCUCCGGGUCAUGACUUUGAGCCACGUGCUGGUGACAGCCUGUGCCAUGCAGGCCUUUCACAGCCUCUUCCAUGCCAAGCCAAGCCCGGGUACCCUGCCAGCAGAGCUCAACGCCCAGAUCAUCACGGCCUUGUACGACUACGUCCCCAGCGAGAAUGACUUACAACCCCUGCUGGCCUGGCUGAAGGUCAUGGAGAAAGCCCACAUCAACCUGGUUAGGCUGCAUCGGGACCUGGGACUGGGCCACCUCCCUCGCUUGUUUGGAACUGCGACAACCUGCCUCCUCUCCCCCCACUCGCAGGUGGUGACAGCUGCCACCCAGUGCCUUCAGGAGAUCCUGAAGGAGUGUGUCGCUCCCCACAUGGCUGACAUCGGCUCCGUGACCUCCUCGGCCUCAGGCCCUGCCCAGUAUGUCGCCAAGAUGUUCAGGGCAGUGGAGGAGGGCCUGACAUACAGAUUCCACGCAUCAUGGAGCUCCGUGCUACAGCUGCUGUGUGUCUUCUUUGAGGCGUGUGGGAGACAGGCCCAUCCCGUGAUGAGGAAGUGCCUCCAGUCCCUGUGUGACCUGCGCCUCUCCCCCUACUCCCCCCACAUGGCAGCUCUGGACCGCGCAGUGGGCGCUGCCGUGGCCAGCAUGGGCCCCGAGGUGGUUUUAGAGGCUGUGCCUUUGGAAAUUGAUGGCUCUGAAGAGACUCUGGAUUUCCCUCGGAGCUGGCUGCUGCCUGUCAUCCGAGACCAUGUCCGGGAAACUCGACUUGGUUUCUUUACCGCUUACUUCCUGCCUCUGGCUACCACCCUGAAGAGGAAAGCAAUGGACCUGGCCCAGGCAGGCAGCACAGUGGAGUCCAAGAUCUACGACACGCUCCAGUGGCAGAUCUGGACCCUCCUGCCUGGGUUCUGCACGAGGCCCACGGAUGUGGCCACCGCCUUCAAAGGGCUGGCGCGGACGCUGGGCACGGCCAUCAGCGAGCGCCCAGACCUGAGGGUCACUGUGUGCCAGGCCCUGCGCACCCUCAUCACCAAGGGCUGUGAGGCGGAGGCCGACCGUGCUGAAGUGAGCCGCUUUGCGAAGAACUUCCUGCCGAUCCUGUUCAACUUGUACGGGCAGCCCGUUGCAGCUGGAGACACCCCAGCCCCUCGCCGGGCCGUGCUGGAAACCAUCAAAACUUACCUCACCAUUACUGAGCCUCAGUUGGUGAAUGGUUUCCUGGAAAAAGCCAGUGAGAAGGUGCUGGACCCUGCUAGCUCUGACUUCACCAGAUUGUCCGUCCUGGACCUGGUCGUGGCCUUGGCUCCCCGCGCUGAUGAAGCCGCCAUCAGCAAGCUGUACUCCACCAUCCGGCCCUACCUAGAGAGCAAGUCCCAUGGGGUACAGAAGAAGGCCUACCGCGUGCUGGAGGAGGUGUGCGCCAGCCCCCAGGGCCCUGGCGCCCGCUUCGUGCAGAGCCACCUGGACGACCUGAAGAAGACCCUUCUGGACUCGCUACGGAGCACCUCCUCGCCCGCCAAGAGGCCCCGUUUGAAGUGCCUCAUACAUAUCGUGAGGAAGCUCUCCGCCGAGCACGAGGAGUUCAUCAGUGCCCUCGUCCCGGAGGUGAUCCUCUGCACCAAGGAGGUGUCGGUGGGAGCUCGGAAGAAUGCUUUUGCGCUGCUGGUGGAGAUGGGCCACGCCUUCCUUCGGUUUGGCCCAGACCCGGCAGAGGCCCUGCAGCGCUACCUCGUCCUGAUCUACCCCGGUCUCGUGGGCGCUGUGACCAUGGUCAGCUGCAGUAUCCUGGCCCUGACCCACCUCCUUUUCGAGUUUAAAGGUUUGAUGGGGGCCAGCACGAUGGAGCAGCUGCUGGAGAAUGUGUGCCUGCUCCUGGCCUCCCGCACCCGCGACGUGGUCAGAUCAGCACUGGGCUUCAUCAAGGUGUCAAUGGUCGUCAUGGACAUGGCACACCUGGCCAAGCACGUGCAACUGGUGAUGGGAGCCAUCGGGAAGCUCUCGGACGACAUGCGGCGGCACUUCCGCAUGAAGCUUCGGAACCUGUUCACCAAGUUCAUCCGCAAGUUCGGGUUCGAGCUGGUGAGGAAGCUCCUGCCAGAGGAGUACCAGAAAGUCCUGGUGAACAUCCGGAAAGCAGAGGCCCGGGCCAGGAAACAGCGGGCCCUGAGCCAGGCCGCAGCGGAAGAGGAGGUGGAGGAGGAGGAGCCCUUCCGGGGCAAAGGCGACAGCAUCGAGGAGAUUUUGGCUGACUCGGAGGACGAGGAGGACGAGGAGGAGGAGAGGAGUCGGGGCAAGGAGCAGCAGAGGCUGGCCCGCCAGAGGGGCCGCGCGUGGCUGAAGGAGGGUGGCGGGGACGAGCCCCUCAACUUCUUGGACCCCAAGGUGGCCCAGCGAGUCCUGGCCACCCAGCCUGGGCCAGGUCGGGGCAAGAAGAAGGACCACGGCUUCAAGGUGAGCGCCGACGGCCGGCUGAUCAUCCGUGAGGAGGAGGAUGGCGACGCCAAGAUGGAGGAAGAGGAAGGCGCUAAAGGGGAGGAUGAAGAGAUGGCUGACCUGAUGGAAGACGUGGGCGUCAGGAGUAAAAAGCACCAGAAGCUCAAGCAGAAAGAGGCUGACAGUGAGGAGCUGGAGAUGCCCCCUCAGUACCAAGCGGGAGGCUCUGGCAUCCAUCGCCCUGUGGCCAAGAAGGCUACCCCCGGGGCCGAAUACAAGGCCAAGAAAGCAAAGGGUGACAUGAAGAAGAAAGGUCGGCUCGAUCCCUACGCCUACAUCCCCCUCAGUAAAACCAAGCUCAACCGCAGGAAGAAGGUGAAGCUGCAGGGACAGUUCAAAGGCCUGGUGAGAGCUGCCCAGCGGGGCUCCCAGUGCCAGAAUCUGAGACUUCAGGCUUGCUUUUCUGGGGUCCGUCCUCAGAAAUGGAAGACAAAGCAUACCCGCCCUGGCUGCACCAAAACAGCAACCCUUGUGCUGGCCGAGGAUUUGGCAUCAUGCUGGGGAUUUGCAAAGGCAAUCUGCUCGUGUCCCCCAUCAUCAUGACACUUCUGGACACAGAUUCAGGAUCUGAGGCACAGAAGGAUGACAUGGCUGGAUGCAGGUGGAGUUCCAAGCCUAGAGUCUAUCUCUUCAUCCCCGCUGGUGUGUCUGAGUACAGGUUACUGAAAACAAAGUCCAGGUGGAAAGCAAACUCCUUGCGAAGAAUUUCAAUGAAGUCCAAACAAAUUCAGAAAAUCCUUGAAUUCUGUGUCCUUCCACGGGUGAUGCUGAAUACCCUCCAUGUCUCUUUCCAGGCAGGUGCCCAGCGUGCCAGGCACAUAGCCCUCAUCGCUUCCCUUUCUGAUACCCUCUCAUUAGUUUUAAUUGCAUCUGAGCCUCUCUAGCAUCUUGUAUUUUGAUUCCUAAUUCAGGGCAUUUCUCUGCCUCCCACUGGUCCAGCACAGCACUUUCCUCUCAGAGCUCUCCAGAGAAGUACCCCCAGAAAAUGGAACUGGUCUUUUGUAAUGAAUUCAUCUUUAUAAUGAAUAGUAUAAUAUCCAAGUCCCGGCAUAUUUACAUAGCAAUCUCCACACAAAAGCAACAUUACAAAGGGAAGAUUUUUAAAAGAAUGCCAUCUCAGCUCCAUUUCCUUUAGUACUAAGAACACUAUGGGAAUUACCCUGACAAGAAAAGAAAAACGACUUCCAGGGAUGCUGGGUUAGAGACAAUAGCUACACCAGCUCCAUUAAUGUUUAAAGUCAAUGGAGCAUAAAACUGCUUUUCUCUGCUUACGGGCAGGCAUCAUCUUACAGAGAGGAGAAAAAAAAAUUCCCAUUUAUUUAACUCUGCUGAAAUCCAUAAGCCCUCCCCUAAUUUUCAUUCCCCUUGAAAUUCUCCAGUAAGUACCAUCAGAAUGAAAAUGAAAAUCACUCUCUCUGGGGGAAAUGGCUUUCAGUCCUCAUCAGUAAAGCGUGUGAAGAGCCCUCCACAGAGAUGCAGGAGGAAGGCUGCUUGUUGGGAAAGGAUCUGUCAGCAAAACCUGCAGAACUAGUUGUAGGGGGUCACACCUUGGGAUUUGGGAGCCUUUGGGCUGACUUCAAGAAGGCCUUAAUCAAUCCCAGGUCAGGGUGGUCCCGGGGCAGAAUUCAGGGACAAGGCAGGUUCAAGGAAGUAAUGCCUUGGGGGUACGUUUUACUUAGUGGGCUGUAAGGGGGAAACUUUAUCAUGAAUAUAUUAGCUGAUUCCCUCAGGGAAUCGCUGGAAUUAAGCCAGGCCUCUGUGAGUAAACCAUUGGACCUAAUCCCACGUUACAUUUGUGUAAUGCCUGACAAAGCCUGCUCCCAUUAUCUUAUUUGAUCCUGAAAGCAAUCCUCAGAGGGAGGCAGGGCUGGGAUUAUUUUUUCCAUUUUACAUGUGUUUUCGCUUGUAAACUGAUUUGCCAGGAGUCACACACCCAGACGCGGCAGGAAUGAGACGUGAAUCUCUUUAGGUCUUGGUACAACCUGUUCAAGGUUUUUCUCGACUUCCGCACACAGACUGAUCAUAAUAUUCCCAGCCCCACCCAGUCCUUACAACCUUCGGCUUAACCAGCAGCUGGGAGCUGCUCAGGGCAGAGCUUGUGUUUACAGUGCCCAAACACCUCUGUCCUGAAGAACUACAGCCCUGCGUGACAAGCUCUGUGGUGGGAAAAAAAUCGUAUCAUCUCCCUGCACCAGUGACCAAAAUGAAUCCAGAUGGAUUUGAAAAAAAUCAAGGUACUAGAAAAAUCUCAGGAAAAUAGAACGUAAUAUUUAAUAACUUUCUGGAGGCAAGAAGACUAAAUUUAGCAUUGUGUUAGAAGUUUCAAAGGAAGGUACUUUAUGUAGAUUUGACUAUAUUAAAUUUUAAGUUUUAGUGAAAAAAAACAACACAGGGCCAACAAAAACCGAAGAAAUAUUCACAGCAAAAUAUGAAAGAAAAGAGUGAACUGGCAUGUAGAGGAGUCAUGCAAAUACAAAAGAAAAAAAUCAAUAGGAAAAACUUAUUAGAGAACUAUUCACAAAAAAAGGAAGUACAGUUGGUUAACAAACAUUUAGAAAACUACUCUACCUAACUAAAGGCAAAGAAAUAAAUACUGAAAUGAGAUCCAUUUCACCUACAAAAUCAGAAAAAUAACUAUAAUACUCAAGUAUUAAUACCAGUGAAGGCGCAACGAAUAAUGUAUGCUUACACAUGAAUGAUGAGAGAGUAAAUUUACCCAACUGUUGGAAAGCAAUUUGGUACAUUUAUCAGAAACUUUAAAAUAUCCAUAUCCUUUGACCUGAAUUCCCAUUCCUGGGAAUAUGUUCUUAGGAAAGAAUCAACACGGAAGAAGUUUUACACACAAAAAUGUUAGUCACGCACUUAUUUACAACGGUGAAAUGAGGUAAACCGCAAACGUUAAAGGAAUUAUUUAGUAAGUUAUGGUACAGCCACUUAAUGGAAACUUGCGUAAUCAUUACAUGUUCUCAAGGCGCAUGCAAUAACACGAACACCGUUUACGGGAUAAUGCUAGUGGAAAAGUGUAUAACGUUGUAUACGAGUGGCUGUUUGUAUAACACUUUUAUAGAAAAAGGCUGGAAAAGAAAAACUUUUAAUAUGUGAAGCAUGUUUGAAUCCUAUGAUUAGAGAGGUUUUUUUCAUCGCCCUAUAUUUCUAUUUAAAUCUUUUUUUACUGGCCGCGCGGCUUUUUUUUUUUUUUUUUAAUGAACAAAGUCAGCUCUUCUUUAGCCAGGCGGUGGCGCGUCUUUCUCUCGCGCUGGGUCGUAGCGCUUGACGACUAGGCGGAGGGAGCAGGCACCGAGACUCCA